CCCAGCGCCGUCGCUGUCGCCGCGAGCCCUGGCCAGCAUGCCGCCCUUGCCAGAGUGCACACAGAGGUGCUUCCAGGCCGUUCUCCUCCUGGCCCUGACCAUGCUCCUGCUGGCCGGCAUCCUGCACAUGGACGUGGGGCUGCUCACACCCCUGCUCAGGGGCCAGGCCGUGGGGCCGCCCGUCAUCAACAUCAUGUUCCUCAAGACACACAAGACGGCCAGCAGCACGGUGCUCAACGUCCUUUUCCGCUUCGCCGAGACGCACAACCUGUCUGUGGCGCUGCCUGUGGGCUCGGGUUUCCACCUGGGCUACCCCUGGCUCUUCCUGGCACGCUAUGUGGAGGGCUUGGGGCCCCCCGGCCUGCAGCAGCGGUUCAACAUCAUGUGUAACCACCUGCGGUUCAACCUGCCCGAGGUGCAGAAAGUCAUGCCCAACGACACUUUCUACUUUACCAUCAUCAGAAACCCCGUCUUCCAGCUGGAGUCCUCCUUCACCUACUACGCGGCCUAUGUCCCUGCGUUCAGGCACGUGAAGAGCCUGGACGCCUUCCUGGCCUCCCCGUGGACCUACUACAACCGGAGCGCGGGCUUGAGCAACGCCUAUGCCAGGAACAACAUGUGGUUCGACCUGGGCUUCGACAACGACGCGCCGGCGGACGACGAGGCGUACGUGCGCGCGCGCCUGGCCGACGUGGAGCGGCGCUUCCAGCUGGUGCUCAUCGCCGAGCACUUCGACGAGUCCAUGGUGCUGCUGCGCCACCUGCUGCGCUGGCAGCUGGACGACGUGGUGGCCUUCCGGCUCAACUCGCGCAGCGCGCGCAGCGUCGCCGGCCUGACGCCUGAGGGCCGGGCGCGCGCCAAGCGCUGGUGCGCCCUGGACUGGCGGCUCUACCAGCACUUCAAAAAAAAAAAGCCAAGAACAAGUCGCAGAUCACUGACNGGCCCGCGGCGCCUGCGCUCCGAGGUGGCGCGGCUGCGGGCGCGGCGCGGCGAACUCACGGCGCGGUGCCUGCAGGACGGCGCGGCCAAGAACAAGUCGCAGAUCACCGACCCGCGGCUGCGCCCCUUCCAGUCGGGCCAGGCCGACAUCCUAGGCUACAACCUCCGGCCGGGCCUGGACAACCAGACGCAGCAGAUGUGUCUGAGGCUGGUCAUGCCCGAGCUCCAGUACGUGGCCCGCCUGUACGCCCUGCAGUUCCCGGACAAGGACCCCAAGCGCAUCCCCUUCCUGGAGUAGCGGACGGCGCCGGGGACGGGGCCCGGCCCCUCUCCUGUCAUCCCCGGGAGACCAUGGCAGCAGUUCACAAGGAGGCGGGCUCCUGGGGCCGCUGCUCUGCAGGGUGAAGACCCCUCUGAAGGGGCCUGCCUGUGUUCCAUCGUCUCCGAGGUGCAGUUUUGGUGAGGUUCCCGCUCUGGGGUAGGAGGCACACCCGGUCCGAGGGUACAGACCUGUUUACCACGUAGCAGGGAAGUGAGUGACAUUAAAUCACAUGUUGACAGGGACGCCUGGGUGGCUCAGUCCCUCAAGCGUCUGCCUUCGGCUCAGGUCAUGAUCCCAGGGUCCUGGGAUCGA